CUCAACACCACACUCGACUCCAAAAUGGCCCCAACACUCUCCCCAACAGCGUACACCCUCCCGCUCCUGCACGCCGCCGCGCACCCAAGCUCGACCGUCUCGGGCCUCCUCCUCGGGCCGUCGCCAGCAGAAAUCACCGACGCCGUGCCCUUGGUGCACCGGUACGCCUCCCUCUCGCCCACGACCGAGCUGGGCAUCGACCUCGUGCAGGCUUACGCCUCGGCAAAGGGGCUGAAAGUUGUCGGCGUUUAUGAGGCGCGCGAGGGCGGCGAGACGACGCUCAGCAGGUGGGGGGUGAAGGUGGCCGAGGCUGUGGGCGGGGUGUCGCUUGUCGUGGACAAUGCCAAGCUUGGCGGGAGCGAGCCUGCAUAUGUGGCCUCAACCGACGUCACAUACCCCCCCGAGAGCGUCCGCGCCGGCGCGCUCGCCCUCAUCCGCAAGGACAGGGCCCACGCCUCCCUUCGCGACCUGGACGACCACCUCGAGGACGCGCGCGUGGAAUGGCUCGAGAACAAGGCCGUCAAGGCGGCUGUUGCCAAGCUGGCCUAGAGAGGGGUGUAUAGCCCGCGGCAAGCCGGGCCGACGGGAUAGACAGACGCAUGAGAGCGGCGCAGAUGUACGGGAUAAUGAC